AUGAAUCGACACGUAUACUACACAAAGGAAGACGUCGCGCAGCACUGCACGGCAGAUGAUUGCUGGAUUUCGCACCAUGGGCGAGUCUUUGACUACACAUCUAUCAUCAAAUCCAACCCAGCCAAUCUCGUUGAAAGCAUUGUCCGCGCUGCAGGCGGAGACAUAACGUCAUGGUUUAAUCCUGCGACAGGAGACCCCUUUAUUAUGGAGGACCCCGUCACCGGGGAGAACCUCUAUCGACACCCGAAUGGGCUCCCACUGCUUCAUUCUUGUAUACCCUACCCGGCGAUGGACAUGCCCGUCCCGCCUGAAACUCCGUGGUGGAGGGAUAGUAGAUAUGAGAUAGGUCUACUGAGCAAGAAUUCGCGGCCACUUGAAAUUCUAAACACCCUCACAGAGCAUCGGCACAUGAUUACUGUCCCCGAGGAAGAGACGCUUGCAGAGAUUGCUGCGCGGUACUCUCGGUUUAAUUCUAUUGCACUGACUGGGUACCGGUGGAAGUACCUUGGAGAGGAUCUGCACAUGGACAAGACACUGACGGAAAACGGGAUCAAGGACGAGAGAGACGUCUACCUGAAGCUCAACUGGCCUCAAUCUGAGUGGUAUACGCCAUGUAUAACGCUUAUCUGGAAAGAUGAGCUUAUUUAG